CCUAUUUUCCAAUUCAGACACAUAUUGCUAUUUAUAAUUGUUAAAAUGGCAAAACAGGAUAAAAUUACUUUCAAAGUGAAGCAUUUAGAUAAAUAUCAUGACAUAGUCAUUGAUUGGAACGAUGAUAGAUAUGUAGACAAAUUCCAACAAAUAUUUGAACAGUUGGAAUCGAUAACUGGAGUACCAAGUAGAUACACAAGUAGUGUUUAUAUACCAAGACCCGACGAAGUUAACUUUCCCGGUCUCUUGGCAUUGGGCUGCAUCAACCGAAAAGCGUACACUCCUGAUUUGUUACCUAAUUUUGCGAAUGAACCUCGCUUCUGUAAUAUGCGUAGGCAUAUCCGUGAUGGUGACCGUUUUCACCUCAAAUAUUGUGCUUAUUAUUAUCAUUACGUUUCCAAACGUAUAAGUAUGGACUAUGGUCUAGUAAGAGAAAGUUACGUUACUGAAGGAGUCUGCAGUCAAGAUUUCUGUCAACAUCAAUGCACUGAAAGUCACUUUAAAAGGUUGAAAGAUCUCGUUAGUAAUGAUGAAUUGAAUGCGAAAAUUGCGCCGCUUGUCCAGCCAUUGCUGGAAAGACAUUUGUUUUCGGAAGCUGAUACUAUUUUCAGAGAAUUCAGUAUUCAACAAUAUUUUCAUUUAAUUUGUGUUGAGUAUCGAAGAGAAGAAAUUGAACAGAAUGGUGAUGAAUGCCAAGAUUAUCUUUACCUAAGAACUCGAGGUUAAAUAUCUGUAUUCAACGAAUUAACGAAUGAACUAAAUGUGA